AUUUGACGUACGCAACUCCGAAAUUUGAUUAAUGAGCUCAAUUCAACUGGAAGCAAUUUUUCGUUGAGCCUAUAAAAUCCAUGGCGUUCUUUAACUUAGGUGAACAUUUUUAAUUGGGUUAAAAAAAUAUUCAGAAAUCCAAAAAUGACAACAAAAAUUGCAAUUUUUUCUUUCUGAGUACGCAAAUUAACAAGACUUGCAUUUUUUUUUCAAAUGCUACUUGAAUCUCUUAUUUGCUUUACCGACACUGCGUGCGAUCAACUUCACUGCGGUCCAAUUGACACGAGCACCAACUUCAAGCGCAUUGCACCGAGAGCACAGUAUUCAAUGGGAAAAGUUGCUUGUAAUCAUCAUCAUAAAACACACAGUUCGACGAACGAAAUAUUCUGAAAAUUUUUGAUUUGGUGUUCUGCAAUUGAAUCGAAUCUUUUCAUCAAUUUGCAACAUUUCGAAAGAACAAAACGAAAUAUUGUCCAGUGAACGAAGCGGAUAGAAUUGGUUUGCAUUGAAAUUUUAAGGAAUUUUGUGGUGAAAAACACGUAAAAAUGCCGGAUCAUUUGGGAGAUGAUAUGCGUAAAGUUAAAGCUGAUGAGAAAGAAGAAGAAAUCAAAUCUCUCGAUGAAGGCGAUAUUGAACUGCUGAAAACUUAUGGCCAAGGACAAUACCAUAAGAGUAUAAAAACAAUUGAAGAAGAUAUUCAGAAGGCAAUCAAACAGGUCAACGAAUUGACGGGCAUCAAAGAAAGUGACACGGGUUUGGCUGCACCAGCUCUUUGGGAUUUGGCCGCUGACAAACAAACACUCACAAAUGAACAACCGUUGCAGGUUGCCCGUUGUACAAAGAUCAUCAACGCCGAUUCAGAUGACCCAAAAUACAUAAUUAAUGUCAAGCAAUUCGCAAAGUUUGUGGUUGAUUUGGCCGAUUCGGUGGCACCAACCGAUAUCGAAGAAGGGAUGCGCGUUGGUGUCGAUCGUAAUAAGUAUCAAAUUCAUAUUCCGUUGCCACCGAAAAUCGAUCCAACCGUAACAAUGAUGCAGGUGGAGGAUAAGCCAGAUGUUACGUACAGCGAUGUUGGUGGAUGCAAAGAGCAAAUCGAAAAAUUACGUGAAGUCGUCGAAACGCCAUUGCUUCAUCCGGAGAAAUUCGUGAACUUGGGUAUUGAGCCACCGAAGGGUGUGUUGCUGUUCGGUCCACCUGGAACGGGUAAAACGUUGUGUGCUCGUGCAGUGGCCAAUCGUACGGAUGCUUGUUUCAUUCGAGUCAUCGGUUCGGAAUUGGUGCAAAAGUAUGUGGGUGAAGGUGCACGUAUGGUGCGUGAACUAUUCGAAAUGGCUCGUUCAAAGAAGGCCUGCUUGAUUUUCUUCGAUGAAAUCGAUGCGAUCGGUGGUGCACGUUUCGAUGACGGUGCCGGCGGUGAUAAUGAAGUACAGCGUACCAUGUUGGAGUUGAUCAAUCAAUUGGACGGUUUCGAUCCACGUGGUAACAUCAAAGUGUUGAUGGCUACAAAUCGACCAGAUACACUUGAUCCAGCUUUGAUGCGUCCAGGUCGUUUGGAUCGUAAGGUUGAAUUCGGUUUACCCGAUUUGGAUGGACGAACGCAUAUAUUCAAAAUUCAUGCCCGUUCAAUGUCUGUUGAACGCGACAUUCGUUUCGAACUCUUGGCUCGAUUGUGUCCAAAUUCGACCGGAGCUGAAAUUCGAUCCGUUUGCACAGAGGCUGGUAUGUUUGCAAUUCGAGCUCGGCGCAAGGUAGCCACCGAAAAGGAUUUCCUCGAGGCCGUCAACAAAGUUAUCAAGAGUUACGCCAAAUUCAGCGCCACUCCAAGAUAUAUGACCUACAACUAAGCAAAUACACACCCUCUCUCUCUCUCGCCUCCCAAAAAAAAACUUAACAACUUAAUUAAUCGAAGUGGAUUUUGUAUACACAUACUUACAUUUCUUUAUUGCUCUAAACAUUUUUUUUUGAAAAAUGCGCAUUUGUCAGAGAAAAGAUGAACAGAAAAAAAAACCCAAAUAAAAAUCGACAUUAAAUUAUGUUUUAUAA